GCACACCUCGUGCUUCCUUCUCCUCCCGGCCUCCUGUAAUUUCCUUUCUAGCUGCCAUCCAUGGCUGAAACCAUCGUGAAAUCUGUGAAGUCCAUCUUGGUUUACGGAUCCGACAAUCCGUCGAAUUGGAGGAUGACACCUCUACAUAAUUCAAGGUUUCCGGUGCAGGCUGAGCUUCUGCGGAUCUGGGGACUGUCGCUGCAGGGAGGUUUGGACACAAGCACUCUGCUCCACAAGGACACCACUUACUCAGUCGUCUACGUCCUGAAACACAAGGACCCCGUUCACGGUCUGGAGGCACCGGCGGAGCUCGCUGUCCUGGAGAAAGACGGCAUCUUGAUAUCCAAACGCCAAAUUAAUUUGAACGCCGGCAGCCCUGACCUGAUCAGGCUGGACAACGAAGACUGGUUGGGAGUGGAAGCCGGGAGGUUCCGGCCGUCCUGUAUAAAUGGUGAUUACAUCACUUUUCGUCUUGUGGGCAGGUCGCCGACCUGGAAGAGUGGCCUCGUAUUUGCCGGAGUUGAGAUUCGGCCGGUCCAUCCGCAGAAAUGGUUGACCUCACCGUCGGAAAAUGGCUUCUCAGGCGCCCAUGGGGUUCAGUUGUCGCCUCCACCGAAUGAGAUGUGCUAUGGUGAUGGAAUAUAACGUCGUUUUACAUGUGGCUUCAAGAUUGCGAUGGAAUUCAGUCUUUGUGCUUGCCAUGGCUGACGUGAUUUAAAUUCCUCAAUAAUGGAAAGCUGGUUACGCAAACUGUUCCCGGUUUCUGCUUUGACUUGCAGGAAAAAAAAAAAAAAUCCUUUGUGUGAUUGUUAGUACAUAGAGUACGCGAUUGUGGU